CCAUCGGCACGGGCUGGACGCAUGCGCGGGUCCUCGCUGUGGGCAGCGGGCGGAAGCGGGAAGGCGGUGCGGCGGCGGCCUGUUCCUUGCCGCCCUCUCGAGUAGGUCGCGGGACGCGGAGUUGUGUCCUCACCGAGGGCUGAGGGGAGGAGUGCAGCUGCCCUGUGCUGCCCGGACUAGGUUCUGCUUUCAGCGUGAGCCCAUGCACUUCUCUUCUGCUUGAACUGCCCCGCAGCCGUUCUCUAUGGAGACCGAGUCCCCGCUGUGACAGAUACAGUGUUAUAACGAUAUCAGCUAUGCCUGUUCAAUUGCUAAAGAUCAUUAAAGGAAAACUUGAGACUCAGCUUCCAAGCCACUUGCAGAGGGAGGAGUUAAAACAUUUGCAAAUAGGACUUGACCAUACCAACAAAUAUUUCCAGGGAAUAGUUAUUCUUUCCUACCCACUAACAAAACUUGGAGAUGGUACAGACUUUUUCAAGAUUGUUCUUCAAGAUGACACAUGUUCAAGGAUUAACAGCCUCAAUGUUCUAAUAUAUGGAAAAAUGGCAGAAGAUUGUGCAAAACUUAUACGUAAUGGGGACACCUUUGUGGUUUCUGGAUUUAAGGUGACAGAAUCUCCUACAGCAAGAGAAGAUGGUAGACAUGCUUGUCACCUGCAGGUGUCUGAAGAAGCUGGAUCAGCCAUUUAUAUUUGUACACAGCCAAGCAUAACUCCUUUUUCAGAAACUACAUCUGCAUCUGUUGCACCAAAAUACGUGUAUACUCCUUUGAAUUGCUUGAAAGAUGGGACUGUAGUGAAUUUGUACGGCGUUGUGAAAUUCUUCAAGCCUCCUUAUAUAAGCAAAGGAACAGAUUAUUGCUCAGUCGUAACACUGGUGGACCAAUCGAAUGUGAAGUUAACAUGCACUCUUUUCAAUGGAAAUCUAGAUUCUCUACCAAAAAUUUACAAAAAUGGAGAUAUUGUUAGGUUUCAUAGAGUAAAGAUCAGGGAAUACAAUGGACAAAUGCAAGGAAUUACCAGUGCAGGAUUUGCAUCCUUGACAUUUGAUGGAACUGUAGGAGCACCAGUAGUUCCUCGAGCUUCUAGCAAAGUGUAUACCUUCAUAGAUGAAGAACAGAAAACAGUAGAAGAAUUACGUAUUUGGGCAGCCAGUAAUCUUUCUGUCUCUGGACCAGAAGCAAAAUUGUCUGAUGUUAAGCCAAUGAUGUUCUUCGAUCUCACUUGUCAGCUGGUAGGGAAGGCAAAAGUGGAUGGAUCAUCUUUUCUUCUAAAGGUAUGGGAUGGCACAAAAUGCCCCUACCCAACAUGGAAGGUACCUGUGGAAGCAAAAGAAUUGGAGGGAGACGAAGUUCUUCUUCAUCAUCUGCGAAAUCUAACAGUGGAUGUUUUAGUCUAUGACAACCACGUACAACUGGCAAAAUCACUCAAGAUUGGAAGUUUUCUGAGAAUUUACAGUAUUCAUACAAAACAGGCAAGUGCUAAAAAUGAAGAUAUAUCAUCGCAUAUAGAAUUUCAUCUUCAUGGUGGCACUUGCUAUGGUCGAGGAAUAGGAAUCUUACCAGAAAAUAACCCAGAUGUUGAGGAACUGAAAACGUUCUUAGAAUGUGUGGAACUGAUAGACAGUCAGAAUAUGGAAAGCGUGUCUUCAUUGGAAUUAGGUGACACUUUUGACAUUGAUACAGGUCUUGAAUCGCCAUUACAGAGAUGUCAGCAAUUAUCUGCUACAGUAUUGACAGAUCAUCAGGAUAUGAGUAACACGAUAUUGAAAACUGUUCUGAACAGCAGAGCUCCUCAACAGUAUCGAAUUAAAGCAAAGCUGAGAUCUUUUAAACCCCAGAAGCUUUAUCAGUCUGUUAAACUUCAUUGUUCCAAAUGCAAUACUUUGCAAGAAGUUCCAAAUGGAGAUGCCUUCGACUUCAUUUUGCAAGGCUGUGAAGCUACUGCCCCAAACCCAGAAUUACAGAGUAUGUCCUGGUAUGAGUCUGUAAUGUGGACUACACAAGACGAGAGCAGAAGGAAAGUAACUAUUCAUUUUGUAAAGCAUUAUGAAAUGCUUCAACGUCCUGAAAAUACCUUGCUUAUGAUAGAAGGUGGAACCUUAAAAGAAAUCUGGAAACUUACAAGAAGAUUUAAAUGUGUUAUUCCUGUGAAAUCCAAGGAAGAUGAUCUUGAAUUAUUAGAUCUUUCAGCUCCUUUUCUUUUACAAGGCAACAUAAAAUAUUAUGGAUGUAAGAAGUGUUCAACUCCAAAGAGUAUCAAGAAUCUAAGUUCCCUAGCAGAAAAACGAGAACCAUCGUGGGAACCAACUGAAAUAGCACAAGUUUUAGGUAUUGAACCACUCCAGUAUGUUUUCGUUAUGAAGUUCACACUAGUUGAUGGAACAGGAGCAAUAAAUGCAUAUCUUUUUGAUUAUGAAAAGUUUUUCCAAAUUCCUGCCUCUGAAAUCUUAACCAAUAGUUUUCUUCAGCAAAAGAUGGAGAUGACCAUGAAUACACUUUCUCCUCCAGGAAGAAAAUUAGAUGACUUGCCAUGGCUGGAAUGCUUCAUCAAGUCCUAUAACAUUGCAGAUGGAAUGAAACAUCAAGUUUAUUACCAAAUUUUUGACACUACAGUUGCUGAAGAUGUUGUAUAGAAAUGUGUUACUAACAGGAAGUCAUCCAUCUUGUGAUCUCACUGCAACUGGAAGAGGCUAAGCUUCACUGGAGGCUGCUCAGCUCAGGCUGAUGGAAGAAAUCUAAUACCCAGCUAUCCUUCUGAAAGGCAGCGAUGAGGUUAUAAACUGAUGAUUUUACUCAGAAAGUACAAUCACAAUUAUGCUGCUUUGUUCAUUUCUGUAUUAAAAUAAAUGAUGUUGGUAAAGAUAGAGAGAAGAAGCUCUACAGAAAACUUUGAGACUAUUUUCUGCAAGUAUUUUGAUGGAGUUACAAAUCUGAUCGUGUGAUGUUUAUCACUAAAAUUGAAGUCAGGUCACGAAAGUAAGAGUUUAAAAUUAUAAAAUGAAUAUUGAAAUUCGGUAAACUAUAAAGAUUUUUAAAGUGACCCAGUUGGGGACCAGAGUUUAUUGCCUGGGUUUGUGUUUUCAAAGGCUCUCAUAUCUAGGUUAAAUUUACUGUCAGAUUAAACUGCCAAGAUCUGUCUUUUCUAUCUUACAUAAUCAGAUUGUUUGACUAAAUUUAGAGAUACCAAACUAAUCUAGUGAUAUCAUGGCUUGAAAGUACUGCUGGAGAAAUUACUUGGUGGUUUUAUUUUGCAUUCAGUAGUACGUAGGAGAAAUUCAGGACAAGUUUCUCCACUAAUGAGAAAUCCCUGUCAAAUCAAGUGCUUCCCAUCUGAGAAAAAUCUCAAAAUAUUUACAACUGUUUUUUAAAGGAGAUCAGAAGCAAGAUACAAUACUUGUAAGCAGAUAAUUAUUUUAAUAAAAACACUUUCUUUUUUAAUUUUUUUUCAGAGCUUGUUAAUAAUUAUGCAGUUUGUCAAUUUAAAAUUUCACCAAAUGUCUUCUGAUAAUUUUUGGAUACUCUAAAAGAUUGUAGUGAAUUUCUGUGCCAUAACCCCAGAGAACAUGCACUUUAUUGAUCAGUGUGUAAGGGGAACUACUGCUGAAGGUGAUUAGUGCAUAUUUCCUUUAAAGGAAAAUCUGAAAUUCAGAAUGGAGCCGGCCGUUUACUGAAGAGCAAUACUGGUUCGUGAAGCAGUGCCUGAAUCUGUGAAUAACUGCAUAAGAAAAAAUAUUGUGUUAUUAAAUGUGCAUUAUUAAACCUGAGGCACUGGCAGGAUCCAAAUGACUCCAGAAGUUGAGAUUUAAACUGAAAACAAUCUUUUGUAACUUUUCUUGUAGAUAAUGCAUGAAAAUAUUGGAAGGAGAUAUUUUUGUUAUUUUAUUUUAUUUUUGUUACCAACUGACAGCAGUAAUUGACAGCGUAUGUUUUUUAUAAUGAAGUCUUUUCAUUGCGUCUGAUGUCUGAGACCCCUGCCAGAAAACUGACACUUCUGUGCUGGUGAAUAUUGUAACUAUUAAAACAUUUAAUAAAAUCUUUUUCAAAUA